AUGGCAGAUACUACCCCAAUCGAGCUUCCCGUCAUUGACAUCUCCAACCCCCAUGACCCCGCUGUGGGGAAGGCCAUGUUGGAAGCCGCUGCCAAGUAUGGGUUUUUAUACGUCAACAGCAAAGGCACCGACUUUACCGUUAACGAUGUGGACCGUGGGUUUGAAUUGUCGAAGAAGUUCUUUGCAUCUCCUGCACAAGAGAAGAAGACAUGUCGGAUCCAGCCAAAUAACCGCGGCUGGUCAGGAAUGCACAUUGAAACCCUGGACCCCGAGAACCAGCGGACCGGAGAUUUCAAAGAAGCCAUGAACUUCGGCGAUUUCAAAAACGGCAAAGCCCAACAACCUCUCCCACCCUCGCUAGCCCCCCACGAGGAAGAAAUUAACGCAUUCGCCGAGCUCUGCAACAAGACAUGCACUCGAAUCCUGACCCUACUAGCGCUAGGCCUUGAGAUCCCAGAAGACUUCUUUACAACCCGACACGACCCGCGCAGCGGUUCAACAGGCAGCAUCCUACGGUACCUGUACUACCCGUCGAUCUUCUCCCCUUCAACAGCCGCGUACGCGCACGACAAAGACGUGCGAGCAGGCGCGCACUCCGACUACGGCAGCAUCACGCUGCUAUUCCAGCGGGCCGGACAGCCCGGGCUGGAGAUCUUCACGCCGGAGGGCACGUGGGCGCCUGUGCCGAUUGUGCCUGGUAGCAGUGCCGAGGCGGCGGAGUAUCCUUUUCCGCCGAUUCUGGUGAAUAUCGGAGACUUGCUUAGUUACUGGACUGAUGGGCUGCUGAAGUCGACUGUGCAUCGGGUUGUGUUUCCGCUGGCUGAGCAGAUGAGUCCGAAUCCGCAAGAUCGGUAUACGCUUGUUUAUUUCUGCCAUCCUGUUGAUGCUACGGAGCUGGUGCCUGUUCCUGGGGAGGUGGUGAAGGGGCAUCGGGAGAGGACUGGGGGCAUUGUUGGGAAGGUUGGGUUUGGGGGUGGGGCGGGGAGCUUGGGGCCUGGGAAGAAGGCUUUGACGGCGCAUGAGCAUCUUAUGUCGAGGUUGGAGGCGACUUAUGGGUUUAGUAAGGAGGCGUGA